ACUGAAUCUUUAUAUUAAUUUGUUCAGAGGACAAUAUGUUUAAUUAGAUCCAAAUAAUUCACGACCAAAAGCCAGAAUUAAGUAACUGUAAUUCUGAUGCUCAUCCUUUAAUUGCACAAAUUGCUGGACGACUUCAAUUAAGGCUCUUUUGGCAAAUUCGAAUCAUAUGAUUACCUCCAAUUUAACUAAUUUAACUUGUGUGACCAACAGAAAUGAAAGUAAUUCUUACAAGAAUUAAAAAUAUUUCUCUCUAAUUGUAACAAUUCAAAGAGAUUUAACUUUGAAUCCAUUUAAAUGAUGCGCUUUAAAUGGUUUAAAAGUCAACGAGAAAAAGUGGUGACACCUAACGGAAUAAAUGUUAGAACGGUAAAUGUCUCAAAAAAAAAGCCAAAGAGUUUAAAUCAUUUUAAAUGUUGAGUGUCAAAGGAUAUUAAUCAACAGGUUGGCUGAUUAAUUAGUUUAUUCGUACAACUUUCUCAUCAUGCCAAGAAGUGGAAGUGAUAGAAUAGCCAAUAAAUCUCUGUUCAUUAAAAAUCUUUCUGAAGAUAUCAGAUCAACUGAUUUAAAGAAUAUUUUUGGUAAAUAUGGUAAAAUAGCUGAUGUCUAUAUACCAGUUGACUAUUAUAAUAGGAAGCCAAGGGGCUUUGCUUAUGUUCAAUAUGAAAGUCUUCGAGAUGCUAAGGAUGCUGUACGAGAUCUUCAACAUUUGACCUUUCAUGGACGUGAAUUGGCCGUUGAAUUUGCACAAGGAGAUCGAAAGACUCCAGGCGAGAUGCGAUACAAAGAAAGACGAACACCAAAUGAACGAGGGGACUCACGGCACAAUGGCCAUAAAAGAAGAUCAUCUCGAGAACGUUAUAGAAGUCGAUCAAGAAGCCGUUCUCGAGAUCGGGACAGAUCAAGAUAUAGAUCACGAGAAAGGUCACGACAACGAUCAAGAGAAAGAUCAAGAGAGAGAUGGUAAAAUUUUCCACUUAAUCAAAUGUAAAAAUGUUUGUAAUUGUCUCAUCGUUUCAUAGAUAAAUCGACAAAUGUGUCAACAAUUAAAUAAAUUCGCUGAGUCAAUUUGGUUCACAUAAAA